GCGAUGAUAUGAUGAUAUCCAACGACAUGUCUAUUCAAUCUGUUUCCUUAUCUCUCUCUUCCUUUAUCUCUCUUUCUCUCUCUCUCUUUUUGUUCUUCCUUGCUUCAAUCACUCACCCUAGAUACAACGCCUGUAUAUACUAAACUCCAUUGUCUUGUGCAUACUUUCGUACCAAUAACUGCUAUUAACUAUUGAUCAGUCUAAUAAUCAAAGAAAGCAGCCAUUGAAGCGUGCUUUCAUUUUUGGCAUCCUCUUUCCCGAUCCACACCCUUGUUAUUUGAAUCUGAAUUAUUGUCUCAAGUCUACAUAAAAAGAAGACGAUCACCAUGGUUCCUCCAGUAUUGCGUCCCAUGACAAUCGCAACAGCAGCAGGACUAGUUGCUGGUGGCGCUUUUGCCUCUUACACGACCGUAUAUGCUGAUGAAUACAAUUAUGAUGAUCGCGAGUAUGGACCUCGUCAUCACUACCAUCGCAAUUAUAACGAGGAUGAUAAUGAAAACGUGCGGUCGUAUGACUCUGAACGCCUUCAUCCUCAUCAUUAUCAUUAUCAGCAGCAACGACAGCAGCAGCAACGGCAGAGAUUCGCCCCUCAAGAGCAGCGCUUCAUGCAUCAGCAACAAUCCUUGAUCUCACACGAAGAGGAGCUCUUGCCUGGCCUGCUCUACGUAGCCCUUGCUGGCCUCACCGGAUCUCUUGUUGCCCGUCAAAGAAACAUUUUGAUUCGCAUGUUCUCGCCAUUAGCAUUUGCCACUGCUGCGGGUGCAUACUUUUUGCCCAGUACCACUCAUUCCAUCAUCGACUCAAUUGGUGGAGGACCUAUGACGUCGACCUGCGCUCAACACCCUGAUCUUACAAGCCAAAGGUCUACAUCGGCCUCCUAUCCUUCCUCGGAGACGUUUGCUACUCCCAUAUCCUCCAACGUCCAUCCCCGCAAAGGUGAGCUAGCCUCGCGUGCGCGCGAUGCUUGGCCUUUGACGGAGUCUCGUGUCGAGCACGCUGCCGAUAAGGUCCAACAGAAAGCCCAUGAUGCCGCCAGUAAGGUUCAACAGCAUCGGAGUGGUUAUACAUACGAUACUGAAGAUACCAUCGAUGAUGUACAGAAUGAAGCUCAAAAGGUCCAAAGCAACGCUCCGUUUUGGUUCUACACUACCAAGCACAGAGGAAGUAGUGCGGUCGAGGACACUUCUGAGACAGUCAAGAAUAAAGCCAGAAAAGUCCAGCACUGGGGGGAUCAAAAGUUGCAUGGUGCAGAGGACAAGCUGCAAGAUAUGAAGAGUCAAGCCAGAGAGACCCAGAAGGAGGUCAAGGGCUGGUGGAACGAUAAGAGCUCGGAGGCUGGUGAGAAAGCCCAUGAGUUGGAGGCAAAGACCAAGGAGGCCUCCAAAGAGGCUAAACAAUGGUGGACCGAAAAGUCCUCCGAGGCCAAAGUGAAGGCCAAAGAGCUCGAGGGUACAGCCAAAGGAGUUACUCAAGAAGCCAAAGAGGCUGCGAAAGAGGCCAAGCAUUGGUGGGAUAGAACCUCGACUGAAGUCGACGAGAAGGCCAAAGAGCUUGGAGAAAAAGCCAAAGAGACAACAAAGGAAGUUAAACACUGGUGGAACAAGACCUCGACCGAAGCAGGACAAAAGGCCCAUGAGCUCAAGGACAAGACCAAGGAGAUAUCCAAGCAAGCAGGUGAAAAGUACGAAGAGGUCAGAGAAAAGACCAUAGAUGUCUCCAAGCAAGCUGGCGAGAAGUUUGAAGAUAUCAAGGAGAAGUCCAAAGAUGUUAAAGCUUGGGUAGAGGACAAGGCUCAUGAUGCUGGAAAGGCAGCUGAAGACGUUUCCAACAAAGCUGCAGAUGUAGCCAAGAAGACGAAGGACUGGGUUUCAGAAGAGAAAGAGAUUGUGGAUAAGAAGUUGGAGGCCUCAGUCAAGGAUGCAGACCAGUGGUGGGAGAAACAGGCCGCCAAAGAAGCUGCUGCUGAAAAGGAACGUCUCUACAAGGAGGCAGAAAUAGUUGCUGAAAAGGCUUCUCAUAUUUCUGACAAGCAUAAGCCGUUUUGGUCAAGCCGCUCCAAGUCUGAUAAGGACAACGUCGCAGUGCAUGCCCACAAGAACGCUUCGACCUACAUUUCUAGCGAUAGCUAUAUGGAUGGCCUCUUAGAUAACAGGGACAUUAAUAGCCAUGCCUCCACCGCUACUAGCCCAAAAGCCGAUGAAGCUGACUUGGAGUCCAGAAUCGAGCGCGACGCAUACAUGCUGGUCCAUCCACGAGAGCCAGAGUACUGGACCAACGGGGAAGAGGUCGGUACUGCCAAUGUUCGCGAUGCCAAUUAUUACAACUACCCUGGCAGCUUUAAUGGCAGUUCUCUAGGCCGUACCUCAUGGUGGAGCCGCCAAGGAGCAUCUGCUAAUGAGCUAUCUUCUCUCAAGGACAAGGCCGAGUCUUUGGUCUGGGAAACUAAGCAGGCUGCCGAAAGGGCCGCCAUUGAUCUUGCUGAUAACCUAGCCCGUGAACAGGCUGCUCUCGAAAGGGCUGCUGCAGACGCUAGACGUCGUGCAGAGGAAGCAGCUCUCCGAGCCAAGGCACAGAGUGAUAUCCUCCUACGUGAGCGCCAGGCAACGCUCGAGCGAGCUGCCAAAGAUAUGGAGGCCCGUUUUGCGGCUGAAAAGGCUGCUGCUGAACGUGCAGCUGCAGAUGUUAAGGCUAAAGCCGAGGCAUGGGAGAAUGAGCAACGAAUGCUGGCUGAGAAGGCAGCCAAGGCAGUAGAGGACCGCGUUGCGCAGGAAAAGAUGGCUGCGGAGAAGGCUGCAGGCUCACUCAAGGCUCGUGCGGAGGCUUGGGCACGUGAGCAGAAGGAAAGGGCAGAGUUAACAGCCAAGGAAGUUCACAACCGCGUCAUCCAUGAGACCACCCUGGCAGAGAAGAAUGCUCGUGAAGCCAAAGCCGCCCUCGAGGCCAAAGUCAGGGCCGAGAAGCUCGAGGUUGAGCGCAAUACACGCGAACUCGAGGAAAGGAUUCGCCUGGGAAUGAAUAAAGAAAAGGCACAAGUAGAAAUCCGGGCACGUGAGGAACAACAGGCAAAGGAGCAGAGACUCAAGGAUGAAAAGACCACUGCAGCGGAAACAAAGAAGCGUGCAGAAACUCUGUUGGCAGAAAACAAGCGUGUGGCCGAGCACGAUUCCAAGGCCUCUACUUCGUCCGGUUGGAGUUGGCCAUGGUCGUCAUCCAAGUCAUCCACCUCAAGUUCCUCUAAGCACCACAACGAUGAGCAUGUACCGGAAACUAGCCAGACUACUAAAGCAGCCUCGAGUGAGGCCAAUGCCGAACGUCGCUCGUGGUGGUCCCCUGGUUCGUCAUCAUCCUCCAGUGCCGCGGACAGAGCUAGCGAAGUUGGAAUCAACGUUGAGGCUGCCGCUAAGAAGGCUGAAAGAGAUGUCAAAGUCCGCGCCUCAGAGACAGGCAAAAAAAUGAAUGAGACUGCUAAAAAGGCGUAUGACAAUGUCAUCGAUGCUGCCACGCCUGGCCGCGAGCAAAUGUCUUCUACUCACACCGCAGCACAUGGUCAUGAACAUGGUGGCUACAGCGAGAACGUACGCACGAAUGCCAAUGAGCAUGGUCUUGUGGAUCAUAUCCGUGAAGACCUGCGUCAGACCAAAGAAGACAUCCAAUACGGCGUUGAACACCUGAAGGAGGCUGUCUUUGGUGGCAGUACAGAACGUACGGGCCAAAAGGCGGCUGAAGAAGGCAAGAAGUGGUGGAACACAAAGUCCGAACAAAUGGAUGCCAAGGCCAAGGAUACAAAGGCUCAAGUGAACGAAGCAGUGUCAGAGAGCAAGGGCUGGUGGAAUGCACGGGCCAAAGGCGCAGAGAAGAAGUUGGACCAUAUAGAGAGCGAGGUCCACCAGGGCCUGAACAAAGCGGGAGAGAAGCUGCGCGAGAUGGAUCGUGAAGCAGUCGACUCUGAAGCGGAAUUCUGGCGCAGACGUGAACAGCAGGAACGCCGCGAGUCUGGCCGUGCUAUGUAAUAAAAAUAAAAUAAAAUAAAAAAAUAAAGACAAAC